UUGAUAAAAGUGGAUAAGAAUUUUCGUACAGACUACGUAAGGACUCGGCUGUUAAAAAUACGAGUUUAAUUCGUGAGCCAUAACUAAAAACAUGCUAUAUAAGCAGUUGGAAGCAUUUAAACAAGAAUUAUACACAUGUGUCAGUUCUGACAAUUUAAAACCCUGUUGUCAAUGUGCGUCAGUUGCACGCACAUGUGUGUGAAGUAUCGUGUUGUACAUGUUCAUUUUUGACAAUUUAGAAAUUUCUUGAUAAAAUGUUUAUGGAACGGUUAUUCCAGUCUACGGAUCGCGAAUUAGCAGAAAAAUAUAAAAAACGAUGGCUCGAAUCAGGUCAAAAUUAUUUGUUCUACUUGUGGGGGUUAACUAUGCACUUGUUUCUGUUGUGGGGAGUGCUUGAUGUUAAUUUUCACUCACCGAUCAUCAAGGAAUUGCCGGUUGUGCCGGCGCCGAUUGGGGCACCGGCUAAAAGGAUGUUGCUCUUUGUCGCGGAUGGUCUGAGAUUUCAGACGUUCAUAGACAAGCCACCACCUUACCUCAGGAAUGUGAUGGAAAACAAAGGUGUCUGGGGAAUAUCUCACACAAGAGUACCCACAGAAUCAAGACCGGGACAUGUGGCAAUUGCUGCAGGACUGUAUGAGGAUCCUAGUGCUAUUUUCAAAGGAUGGCAAGAAAAUCCAGUGGAUUUCGAUUCCGUUUUUAAUCAGAGCCAUGCUACUUGGGCUUGGGGCAGUCCAGAUAUAAUUCCAAUAUUUACAAAAGGUGGCAAACAAAAUGUUCAUGGAAAAAGUUAUCCUCCCUCAUGGCAAAAUUUUGAUGCAAAUUUGAAUAAUGAAAUCACGCGACUGGACUCAUGGGUGUUCAAAGAAUAUCUGGAAUGGUUGCAGUCUUCAACAGCCGAAACAGUGAGAAGUCAACAUGGAAUUAUUUUGUUCUUCCAUCUACUUGGAUGUGACACUUUGGGACACGCGAAGAAACCACAUUCCAAAGAAUAUGUGAAUAAUAUGAAUUACGUCGAUCAGAGGAUUAAAGAGAUUGUGAACGCGACAGAAAGCUUUUUUGGCAAUGGCACCACCGCUUAUGUAUUCACGGCGGAUCAUGGAAUGACAGAUUGGGGAUCUCAUGGAAGUGGUUUGCCGUCUGAGACUGAAACGCCGUUGAUUGUUUGGGGAGCGGGAAUAAAAUCCUCUGGUUUCCGUCAAGAUGUUGAACAAGCGAGCAUAGCUCCUCUUAUAGCAUCUCUAAUAGGAAUUUCUGUACCUGUGAAUAACGAAGGUGCGUUACCGUGGCAGUAUUUCGAUGUUUCCUAUCACAAGUAUGUUGGCCAGUAUUUACUGAGUAACGCGAAGCAACUUGGUCAUCAAGUGACUGGAAAUCGCGCAAUAAGUUGCGAAAGUAAUGGUCACAGUGACUUGCGAGAGAUAAAGUUGAAUGACAAAGUUCGCAGAGCUGCUGAAUAUCUUGAUAAAGGAAAUGUAAUGGAAGGAAUUCGAGAAGGCGACGAAGCGAUCACAUUCGGCAAGGAAGCCUUAUCGUAUUUCCGACAGUAUCAGCGAACGCGAUUUUUUAUAUAUUUGUCAAUAAUGUGGCUCGGUUGGAUACUUGUGUUAUUUUUGAAAAUUGUUAAUGUAAAAACUCGAUAUUCUAUCUCUCCAUUGCGACAUUCUCUGUCGCAAUUAACGAAUAUCGGAUUUGCAGUUCUACUAAUGAUAACUCUAGUUAGCCACAUAGUGUCUGAUUGCAACAAUUGGAGAUUACCGUGCUACGCGAUGUUCGCCAUAAUAUCCGUGUGGUUUGCCGUUAUCACUCUGAUCACGUCAACACCCGUGUUUGUAAAACGAAGCAAUCGGAAACUUUCCAUAGAUAUUGGGGGCACAUUGUUUCUGUUAUCGAUACUAUUUGUUGGACUGACGUACAGAUUUGCACUUAGCGUAGGCGUAUUAUCUUCAGUGCUGAUACGAAAAGCAAAGGCAAAACGUGUGCCUCCUCUUAUGGUUUUCACGUCCGUAGCGCUGUGUGUGUUUCCACUGCUCCCAGUUGUGGAACCAUACCCACGCGUCUAUGUUGUGAUUCUUGGCAUAUGUAUGGCAAUGACGAUAAUGUUCAUCAACGAGUCAUCGUGGGGUCGAAGAGUGAUUGAAAUUGUACGUUUAGUCGUCACGAGUCUCGUGUACACCGAGUUCAUUGACGGUCGAUACUGGAUAUCGUGGAUUAUUCUGCUAACUACGCCGUUGUGCAUCUGGCUUUAUCCAAUGUCAAUCCAGAAAAGAACGCUGGGUAUAAUGCUCGGAUUUUUCUGCCCGCUCACGUUAUUGUCCGCAUCCUAUGAGCCGCUGUUUUUCCUGAUACUCACGCUUAAUUUACUCAGUUGGCUGGAAGUCGCCCCGAGUACUUCGAAGAGCCCAGAAGACAUGCGGAAGAUCACGAGAGACUUGUUCAAGGCUGCGUUUUUUAUGCUGUACAUACUGUUGUGUUUCUUCGGCACGGGUAACAUGGCAAGCAUCAGUUCGUUUGACCCAUCUUGGACGCGUCACUUCGUCACUGUUUUCUCCCCGUUUUUAAUGACAUCUUUAAUACUUUUCAAACUCAGCAUUCCUUUGGUGAUAGUUGGAUGCGUGAGCUACUCUCUGGAAUCCGAAGAACACAAGAAGCCUAUUACAUUAGCUAUUCUUUUUCUAGGCGAUUGUCUAUCGCUGCCUUUGAUGCAUUGCGUCACGCCUUACGGCAGUUGGCUCGACAUCGGUAGCGCCAUCAGUAAAUUUAUCAUUGCUAUCUCUCUUCCUUGUCUCUUCGUACUGGUACGAUGUCUUUCACGUCCGUUGAUGAAAUUAAAUUUUAACCGAUUUCAGAUAAAUUUGAUACCUCAGAAGAAGCAUGUAGUAUAAUUGCUGUUUUUGUACACUAUAUAUAAUAUUGCGAUAAAUUACAAUUAAAUUAUUUUGGUUUCUAUUGGACCAAAGAUAGAAGUAAACCGAUAGUUCAAGUUUGUAUUGUUAGCGCAGUCGUUUUUAUGUAGAGCCUACAUACUAUUUGUAUAUUUUUCACAUAAAAAUAAGAUAAAUUUUAAAUCGAGAGAACCAAUUCGAGCUAAAACUCGUCAAUUUUGUAUUAGGUAAUUUUAUAGAUACUUGUCUUUUAAAUUAUAUUUAUUUUGAAAAUAGUUGUAUUGAUUUCAUCAAUAUUCAAGACUGAUCAAUUAUUAAAUCAAUUAUCAGUCAAAUCAUAUUAAGUUAUGUAUAAUUAUAUAUGAUGCAGAUUUGCUCAAGUAAUCUAAUAUCAUAGUAAGUAUGGUUUUAUAUCUCAAACAAAUUUUUUAUCUCCUAUAAUAUAAUACAUGAUUAA